AUUCCUCGCUGUUGCGCUCUCUUCGCAGCGCGUAAAAUAUCAUCGGUGUGCAUUCACGAAACCCUAUACGCUUAUAUUGGUGCGUAUACGCCAUAGACUUGGUCAGCGCUAAGCAAAUACACCCCCAGGUGAGGUCUGAUGCAGUGGGAAGCGCAUUGUUGACAGGUGGACGGAAACAUUGCCUGCUAACACAGAGGAGAAAUGGAUUUAAAUAAAACGGUGCUGUGUGAAAGCCUGACUGUUUGGCUGCAGACCUUCAACACUGCAGCCCCAUGCAAGACAGUGGAAGAUCUGAUCUCAGGGGCCGCCAUGUCUCAGGCAUUGCAUCAGAUAGAUCCUUCAUGGUUCAGUGAGAACUGGCUGGCACGCAUUAAAGAGGGCGUUGGAGAUAAUGUCAGACUCAAGAUGAAUAACCUCAAAAAGAUUCUUCAAAUGAUUAUUGACUAUUAUUACGAGGUUUUGAGCCAGCAGAUCACAGGUUUUCCUCUGCCUGAUCUGGUGCGUGUUGUAGAGCAUUCUGAUCAAGUAGAGCUAGGACGCCUCCUACAGCUCAUCCUGGGGUGUGCAGUCAAAUGUGAACGGAAACAAGAUUAUAUCCAAAUCAUCAUGACCCUGGAGGAAUCUGUGCAACAUGUGGUGAUGACUGCCAUUCAGGAUCUUAUGAGCAAGGAGGCCACGCCACAGUUAGGAACAGAACCUUUUGGAGACAUUGAUCAACAGUUAAAGAAAGCUUUAGAAGAUCUGGCUUUGGUCAUGUCACAGAAAGAUGAGCUUGCCCAGCGCUGCCAGGAGCUCGACAUGCAGGUGACUGCACUGCAGGAGGAAAGAAACAGCCUCCUGGCAGAAAAUGACCUCUUGACAGAUCGAACCCAACAGCUCGAUACGUUUGAUGACCCCAACACUCCCUCAGGCAGAAAGCACAGCCAACUACAGCUUCAGUUCGAGCAGCUUCAAGAAGAAACCUUCAGACUGGAGGCAGCUAAAGAUGAUUACCGCAUCCACUGUGAAGAACUUGAGAAACAACUCGUGGAGCUUCAGCAUCGUAACGAUGAACUGACCAGUCUGGCAGAGGAGUCCCGAACACUUAAAGAUGAAUUAGACGUACUGAGGAGUUGCUCUGAUCGGGCAGUGAAACUGGAGGCUUCUGUCGAGACGUACAGGAAGAAAUUAGAAGAUCUGAGUGAUCUCAGGCGGCAAGUGAAAGCUCUGGAGGAGAAAAAUAUGACCUACAUGCACAAUACGGUCAGCCUGGAAGAGGAGCUUCGUAAGGCCAAUGCUGCGAGAGCUCAGCUGGAAACAUACAAGAGACAGGUGCAAGAACUUCAUAAGAAAUCAUCCGAGGAGUCUCGAAGGGCUGAUAACCUGGCCUUUGAGAUGAAAAAGUUUCAGGAGAAACAUGACACAGUACUGAAGGAGAAAGAGAGAAUCAGCAUUGAGCGGGACACACUCAGAGAGAUCAAUGAAGAGCUCCGAUGUACACAGGCUCAACAAGACCAGCUAUUACAAGCAGGAAAAUAUCAAACAGGAAGUCCAAGCCAUGAUAACCUGGCAGCUGAGAUGUUGCCUAUUGAGUACAGGGAGAAGUUUAUUCGUCUGCAGCAUGAGAAUAAGAUGUUGCAGCUGCAGCAGGAGGAGGUGGAGAACGAGCGCAUGUCUGAGCUGCAGGUACAGCUGGAGGAGGCCAGGCGGGGACGCAGUGAAGUGGACACAGAGAAUAGAUUAAACAAAGAAAGAAUCUGUGAGCUACAGCAGCAGGUAGAGGAUCUACAAAAAGCCUUGCAGACACAAGGAGCCAAACCUGAUGAUUCUCAUCUGAAGAGGAAGUUGGAUGCUCAUAUGGUACAGCUGAAUGAAGCACAAGAUGAAAUAAUGAAGAAGAAAGAGCUGUUGGAGGACCUUCAGCCAGACACAACUCAAACCAAUGUGAAGCUGGAUGAGCUGAUGGCAGCGCUGAAGAAAAAAGAUGAGGACAUGAGGGCGAUGGAGGAUCGAUACAAGAUGUACCUGGAGAAAGCUCGAGAUGUGAUUCGAGCUUUGGAUCCCAAACUAAACCCAGCUUCAGCUGAGAUUCAGUCCCUAAAAAGUCAGCUCUCAGAGAAAGACAAAAGAAUCAUUGCUUUGGAGCGUGAGUGUGAACAGGCCAAACUGAGGGAAUAUGAGGAGAAGUUAAUUGUGACCGCUUGGUAUAAUAAGAGUUUGAGCUUUCAGAAGAUGGCAAUCGAGUCACGGCUUAAGGGGCUGUCCAACUCUAUAGUGCCGCCCGGCCAGUCUUUCUUGGCUCAGCAACGUCAGGUGACCAACGCUCGCCGUACGACGUCCAUCAACGUGCCUGCCACUUCUUCCAAGUAACGUCGUCUUGAAUACCUCCCAACAUCCUAUUCUUCUCCUUUCCCUCACGUGCACACUCAAGUGACCUUAAGUACACUGCGAAACAAGGGGACAAGCAUGCCAUUACUGAACAUUAGCAUGUCCCCGUGUUCACUAGCAACAGUCACACGUGUAUUUAAUCAAAUCUGUACAAACUAAGGAAUUCUACUCUGAUAAACUCAGUCAGCACACAUUAUAAUGUACAGUAGCCUUUUUAUUCACCCCACCCGAAACCGUCUGCAGCAGGGUCACCUCUGAACCAGCACUGAUGCUAAAUCUGCCCGAAUUGAAGGGCUGUACAAGGUCACAGGUCAGUCUUUUGUUAGGCUCUUCUUCUCAGUUCUUGACCGCACAGAAAGAGUCAGGAGGCCCUGUAAUGGUACUGUAGCAUGUAUGCUUUCGCUUCAACUGACUUCCAGUACACUAUGCAGCUGUGAUAGUUUUGUAUUUGCAUUAUUGCAGGUGUGUGCAGACUACACGUUCUGAAAAAACAAUCCCAAAUUAUGAAAAUGUCUCCAAGCAUGUCAAUCAGCCGCAUAAAAAGUACAUUUAAGCAAUGGUUAAGGCUAAAGGUAUUUGGUGCUGGACACCAUUUUUUGAGAUUUUCCUUUCUAAUAAAAUGUCUUUCUCAGAAGCAACAUAAUAAAUUAAAUACAAUUAAAAUAUGUAUACACAUCAUAUGUAUAUGGUCAGAGUUAUCGAUUCAACUAAAUCUAGGUGCUUCAUGCUUUAUUAUAUUUGAUAUUCAGUUGACUGUGAUCCGACUCUUGCAUGCUCUUUAAAUAAGCAGAAGGGCCUUUUUAUCUAUUUGAUGUAUAAACCGAUAUCAGGAUUUGAACACCAGCGCAUAAUCGAGCUGUCUCUGCUAGAGCACAAUGCUAUUGUAUAACAGCUUCGAAUGUGACAUUGGCCUGUUUUGGCUUCAAUCUUAAAAUGACGUAUAUAACACGUAAAUCAUAGUUGCAUUGUACAUCUGAAAUGGCUUUGCUGUAUCGUAAAUUGCGUAAAUUAGACUGUGCGAUUUGCUGUUGUGUUCAGAAGACAUGUCGUUUCUGUUGGAUCACAUUAAUUCUUCAUUCAUACAACCUGUUUUAAAUAGUAAAGUUAAUUAUUACAUUUUUGAUCUUUUAGAAUCAAGAUUUUUGCCUGUGAUGGGUACAAUCUAAAUGCUAAUAUUUGUGUAUGAUAUGUUUCAAAGAAAGGACUCUUAAAUUUCUAUACUCGAUUUUAUGAGCAUUAUCAUUGUUUGUGAGAGAUUGUGAUUAAUAAGAAUUGAUUGAUAUUAUAUUUAGUCAUGUUUGGAGUUAAAUAGCACUGACAGCCUUCAUUUACAUGUAAUGAAUAAACACUAAUGUUUGUUUU